CCCAAGGCCGAGUGACGCCCGCAGUCACUUCACAAGGCAGAAAUUGUUACCCGGGCAAUAAAAGUCAUCGCGGCUGUAGGGCUUUGGGAGUGGGCACAUGGGGGCACGGGGGUGCAGGUGCCAAGCACCAUGGGUUAGGCCCGAGAUCGGAGUCCGGCCGCCCCCCGACAGCAGCCGCCUCCUGCUCCCCGCGCGCCCCGGGCGCCACCAUGUCGGGCGACAAGCUCCUGAGCGAACUUGGCUAUAAGCUAGGUCGCACGAUAGGUGAGGGCAGCUACUCCAAGGUGAAGGUGGCCACCUCCAAGAAGUAUAAGGGGACGGUGGCCAUCAAGGUGGUGGACCGCCGGCGGGCGCCUCCAGACUUCGUCAACAAGUUCCUGCCUCGAGAGCUGUCCAUCCUGCGGGGAGUACGGCACCCGCACAUCGUGCACGUCUUCGAGUUCAUCGAGGUGUGCAACGGGAAGCUGUACAUCGUGAUGGAGGCAGCAGCCACCGACCUGCUGCAGGCAGUGCAGCGCAACGGGCGCAUCCCGGGGUCGCAGGCGCGCGAACUCUUCUCGCAGAUCGCUGGCGCCGUGCGCUACCUGCACGACCACCACCUGGUGCACCGCGACCUCAAGUGCGAAAACGUGCUGUUAAGCCCUGACGAGCGCCGAGUUAAGCUCACGGAUUUCGGUUUCGGCCGUCAGGCGCACGGCUACCCAGACCUGAGCACCACCUACUGCGGCUCGGCCGCCUAUGCGUCACCUGAGGUGCUCCUGGGCAUCCCCUACGACCCCAAGAAAUACGACGUGUGGAGCCUGGGCGUUGUGCUCUACGUCAUGGUCACCGGGUGCAUGCCCUUCGACGACUCGGACAUUGCUGGCCUGCCCCGGCGCCAGAAGCGCGGCGUGCUCUACCCGGACGGACUCGAACUGUCGGAAAGAUGCAAGUCCUUGAUUGCCGAGCUGCUACAGUUCAGCCCGUCCGCCCGGCCCUCGGCGGGCCAGGUGGCGCGCAAUGGCUGGCUGCGGGCCGGGGACUCCGGCUAGGAGCCGGGGUUCUCGCUGUUCCCGCCGCACCAGGCCCUGAGCCAGGGCGGCGCAUGCGCGACGAGCGAAGUCGCCGCGCGCCACUGCGCACGCGCCCUGUCCCUACCCCUUCCCCCACGGCGGCGACCCACAGAGGCCCGCUGUAGGAUUCUGAUUCCUCCCGCACAACCUGAUUGCUGGAGGGCGCACACGCACCCUCGAUUUCUGGCGAGAAGGCGCCGGGAGGGGCGCAAAGAGAAGAGAGAGAAGCAUUGCGCCUGCGCGGAAUGAGCUCCUGCUGCGCGGUGCGUGGCCGCGGCCCAGAGAAGCUGCGGUCCGGUAGUGCAAGCCAAGCUCCUGCUUGGAACCUGCAAUAAAUUCGCUCUUCCUCGCAAGCGGCUUUAGCGGUGGAACCUUGUCACUGAGCGGGGGAGGGGGGGUGAGGGGGAGAGGGAAAGGUUCAGCACUUUGGAGAAAGGCGUGUAUAUAGUAUUUCUAGCGUCAGACUUGAAAAAGGGAGUGGGGAGAUUCGAACACUGUUCUUUCAGGUCCCUGAACUGGACAAAUUUUUAAAGGUCCUAUAGUCGUCCCCCCGGAUGUGAUGAUGCUCGACUUGGGAUCAGCGGGAGGAGAGGAGGUGACUGCUUGCAGGAACAUUUACAGAUGUGGAAACGGGCCAACACAAGGGUCAGUUGUGCAGAAACAGCUGUGGUUUGUACUCAGGUCUCUUGAGACAGGGAGCCCUGGGUGAUGGCACUUUCCCUGUGGGAACAGAAGUCAUGAUCCUGUUUCUCUGCUUAAAAAGCUGCUUGAGCCCACAGCCCGUGCCGGCCAGGGGUCCAUCUGAGAUUGUGCCUGGCUCAGAAGGGCAGAGCCCUGGAGAAACUCCCAGAAGUCAAGUGUGCACUUCAGAUCUCCACUGACUCCGUGCCCAUGCCAGGUGAGGUAGAGACCACAGAGCAACCACGGACUUCAGCCUCAGAUUACUCUGUAUGAGUGCAGGGCGUGUGUGUUGGGGGUAAGGUAGGGGGAGAGAGGAGAGAUGGCAUUUCUUCCAGAGGACCUGAUGAGUUCAGUCCUAACGCCCACGUGGACAGUUGCUUGCAACAGCUCCAGGCAGUCUUGUUGCCCUCUCCUGGUCCCCACAGGCACCACACACACUCAGCACACACUCUAGACACAUGCCUUUGCACACAAAUAAAAAUUAAAAUAUUG